GGGACGUAGCCGGGGCCGUCGAGGCGGCGCCGUCAUGUCCGACAGCGAGAAGCUUAACCUGGACUCCAUCAUCGGGCGACUCCUGGAAGUGCAGGGCUCCCGACCUGGCAAGAACGUACAGCUGACGGAGAACGAGAUCCGCGGCCUGUGCCUCAAGUCCCGGGAGAUCUUCCUGAGCCAGCCCAUCCUCCUGGAGCUCGAGGCGCCUCUCAAGAUAUGCGGGGACAUCCACGGCCAGUACUAUGACCUGCUCCGAUUGUUCGAGUACGGGGGCUUUCCUCCUGAGAGCAACUACCUCUUCCUGGGGGACUACGUGGACAGGGGCAAACAGUCCUUGGAAACCAUCUGCCUGCUGCUGGCCUACAAGAUCAAGUACCCCGAGAACUUCUUCCUGCUCCGUGGCAACCACGAGUGUGCCAGCAUCAACCGCAUCUAUGGCUUCUAUGAUGAGUGUAAGAGACGCUACAACAUAAAGCUCUGGAAGACCUUCACAGACUGCUUCAAUUGCUUGCCCAUUGCGGCCAUUGUGGACGAGAAGAUUUUCUGCUGCCAUGGAGGUCAGGGGGUCUGA